UGGCAUUUUAACAUACGAAAAUAUUGAAAAUAAAUAAAAGUUUAGGUUAUGUUUUGAGGACAUGUGCUCUUAGUUGAUUUUAUAAUAAAACCGUACGAUUUACGGAUUGAUUUAUAGAUUUCUAUACAGCUUAAUUGUGUACUCAAUGGUAUCUGUUGAAGAAUUGUUUUAGCUGUAAGGCAUCGAAAUGUUGGGACAUCUGAGUGGUUUGGAUUUGAAUCCUCUACUAUCAGCCAUCAAACUAACUUCAAAUGAUAAAAUUAUCUCCAUAAGAGAAGUUGGAUUAGCAGAUUCGAAUUUUAUCAUCACAUAUCUCAUCAAAAAGAUAUUUCAAAGCAAUAACAAACUUAUUUUUGUGAACUUUCACAACACCCUUGAUCAUUACCAACUUGUUGGUAAGAAGCUAGGUUAUGACCUCUUGAAUAAAGUGAAUGAUGGAGAUGCAAUAAUAGUAAACAUGCUCAAGAAUAUUGAAGAAGAAAUUGCAAAAGAAGACUCCCAAUUUUUCCAGAAUUCUGGGGAAUUUGUUCGAAAAUUAUUCUCAGAGAUUGAACAGAAAACAGAUGAAAUUUUAAAAAUUAAUAAUGAUCAUACUUUUGUUGUAAUUGAUGAUUUGACUCAUUUGCUAGACAUAGGGGUUAACAUUGAAUGUAUUAUUGAAUUUAUUACUUGGUGCUGUAAUCUCAAAAACAAUUCAGUUUCAAUAAUCAUAAACAAUCACGUCUCACCUUAUGAGACUAAUGAUGAUUCAUUACCUGAAGAUAAUAUAAUUGCUAAUUCACUUAGUUAUAUUUCGGAUUUGGAAAUAAUAGUUGCUCCACUACAAACUGGACAUAGUAAGGAUGUAAGUGGUAUCAUUAAUAUAGGAAGACCCGGAGAGACCACCACUAAACUUCAUUAUAAAGCAUUUGAUAGAGGAAUUAAAACAUUUAAACCGGGUGAAUCACUCAUGAAUUUGUUGAAAUAAUUAUUGUUAUCUUUUUAUUACUGAAUGUUUACUGCCAAAAUAUAUUUUAAGUUUUUAA